AUGAGCGAACCGGACGAGCAUGAUCAUUCGCCACGUGGCAAGCAGGAUCAUGAGGUGACACGUGUCUACGUGGUGUCGGACAUUCACACGGAUCACGCGGAAAACAUGGAGUGGGUGGAACGGCUGGCGGCGACACGUCAGCGGUCGGAAGGUUCUGGGAAGGGGAGAGACGUACUCAUACUGGCAGGCGACGUUACGGACAAUCUCGAGGUCAGAGCUUCGACACCGAGCCUGACAUUCCGAACCUCCGACUGCCAUCACUGCGUAAGACUCCUCCUCACCCUUGCACUCUCUGGGAGACGGAGUGCUGCUGUGCCUCUGGGUGGCAGUGGUGUGGCGGGCAGUGGAGCAGAGGGGACUGUGGAGGGCAGUGGAGCAGAGGGCGUGCAGAUCAUCUCCUUCUCUCACUUCCUUCCCAGGAUCGAUCUGCUUCCCGAGAAGCGCAUGCUGCUGUAUCCGAAUCUCGCCAAGAUGGCGGGCUCCCAUUGGCUGGAGGCGCGUGUGCGGUCCGUGCACGGGCCACAUGGCGGCCCCACAGCGUGCCACGUGUUCGGGCACACACACUUCCACUGGGAUUCGUGGGUCGAUGGCAUCAGGUUGGUGGAUGGCAUCAGGUGGGUGGGAUGGCAUCAGGUGGGUGGGGUAGCAGCAUGCGUGCAAGCAAGCAAGUAA